CUGGUUAUGCAGGCUGUUUUUGAAAGAAAACAAGAGCAGUUAUAAAGCUGACUUUCUCAAGAACUACAUGCCCUUUUAUUCUAGGAAAGAGCCAAAUGAACAAGAGGCCACUGAAGAUAAAACUCUGCACACAGUGAUGUGUGCAUGCCUCUGUUAGAAGGAGGGAAUGGAUUUCCCUUUAUUACAAGACUUCUCGGCACCUGUUGACACUCUGACAUUCUUUUCAGCUGAAGAACCGCUAAGUCCUGGAUUUCUCCACUGUCGCCCAGAGGAAACUUUGCACAAAAUCUGUGAAGUUUGAACAAGCAGCCUUCCCAAGAUGUACCGAAUAUCUCAACUGAUAUCAACACCAGUGGCAAGUAAAUGUUCUUCUGGCUCUGAGACAAGAUAUACUGGAGAGCCGUCUCCCACAUGUGUUUUUCCAAGAGCAACAAGAUUCUACACCAAUGCCAGGCUGGAUGGUGACACUUCCUUCGAAUGCUGCUCUGUAGAUCUCCUGACAGCCUCCCACUUUGCCUGUCGCCGAAGUCCCAGACUCCUCUCCAAUGGCUACUACACUUGGACAGAAGACAGUUUCCUUUGUGACAAAGAUGGCAACAUAACUCUGAGCCCACCCCAGACCAGUGUUCUUUACAAGGAGAAUUUAGUUAGAAUAUUUAGAAAGAAAAAGAGAAUCCGCCGUUCCUUUUCUAAUCUCUUCAACCUCGGUGCCUCUAAAUCCUGGCUGCAUGGAAACAUCUUUGGUGAUGUUGACUCUUCCCUAAGUGAGGACACCUCGUUAGAGGGGGUCAGGAGGCUGGACAUGUACCAUUGCAAUGAAAUCGGAGGGGAUUCUGACCGUUCCCUGACUGAUGCCUGGGAGUCGGAGCAGCCGAAUGCAGCCUCCUCCCCCAACCAUGCGGCGUCUCUGACUUCAAGACAAAACUCCCACGAUGGGCUUCUUCAGUCUCAUGUGAUGGCUUCUGAACAUUUCCCGGGGAACAUAUUGGAUCAUGCAAAAACCAGUUUGUGGCGAGAGGUCUCCUUUCCAGCAAUUCUGCUGGCUGUGUGCUUCAUCAUCUGUGCAUGUGCAAGAUGGUUUCUGGGAGGAAUAAUAGCCUGUGUCUUCACAUGCUCAUUGAUGAUAACUAUUGCCUACACUGUCAAGUCAUUAUUUCUUGGCCUUGCCAGCUAUGUCAAAUCCACCACCUAUGCUCAGUCACUCUCUAGGUCUGCGGAGACUUAGGAGUGCACCUUGCCUGGCGCUGAUGACAGAUUCACAUGCACACUCAGUUUUCUGGGCUGAGAUGUCACACUCUUCAGGACUGGACUAAGCAACAAUGUCUAAAGGGCAGAUUUUCACACAAAGCCAUUUUGUAACUCAACUUUCAGAAGUAAAAACAUUGUCAUUGCUUGUCAGAUGGUGCAAAUUGUUCAAAUCCCUUCUUUUUGGGUUUUAAGAUGAACUUGUACAAUUAAUCAGAAAGACAGGUAUCACCUUGUUAAGAACUCUGUAAUGAGAGCAGAGUUUUUCAAUGCAUGGCCUGGGGGCAUCUGCUCUAGAACCAACUGGAGAGCUUCUACCAUGAUUUCAGCUCUUCUGAAUCCAAAUUUCCAAGGGGCCUUCAUUUUUAACAACCUCUCUAGGUAAUUCUUUGCACAUUAACUGUGAGAACCUUGGAAAGAUGGUUAGUAAAAUCUUUACCCCUUGAUUUCUAAAGUGGCAUCACUUAACCUACUAAAUCUUUGUUGAGAACUUACAAUACAUUCUAUGCUAUAGUGAAUGUCCAGUUCCGCUCAACAGAAAUUUAUGCUCUCUCCUAAUGGUCAGACAUUGCCUCUAGGUGCCAAGGUUGCCAUGCCAAGGCCUUGAGAUUUCAGAGUCUAAAGAGAUAUGUAAAGGGCAAGGUGAAGUCGCAUUUAGUAUGGUAAGUGCAAGUACAGAGUUAGCACAGAGGCUAGGGGAACACCAGGAGGGAGGUUUUGCCAGACUGGGAGAGAUGGGGACAUGUGAGAAGGGAAGGCUUCUUUGAAUGCCAAUAUCUGACCUGUAGGGGAAAGUGUCAUCUGUUGCUUUCAGAGCACUUCCCCCUGUUCUGAGCUCCUUGUUUGUUCUCUCCUAAAAUAAAUUAGAUCAGGAUUAGGAUGAUAUUUCUAUCCUAUACACUCUCAUCUGCAGCCUCAAUAAGAUCCCUCCUUUAAUUAUUUAUAUACAUACUUACCUUGUUCUUCUCUUGUUUCCUCUAUUUUUGUCCCGUUUGCUGCCACCUCCCCAGCUUCUUGUACACAUACUGUUGCAUUUAAGACCUGUGAAAACAAGGACUAUUGACUUCAUUCUUGUAUCCAUCUCAAUGUCUUGAGAAUAGUGGAUAUGCCAUGAAUAUUCAUUAAUUUGAAUGUAUUUGCUGCAUCAUCUCUUAAAAUACUUCCUUUAUAACCAAGAGCUCUGUGUCUGUAUAUUAAAGAUUUUGCAACCCUCUCCCUCACACAUAAACAUAUCCAGAAGCUAAUAAGCCAAAGACAUGGUUAUUAACAUCUAGAGGCAAGGAUGACUCAUAAUGCUCCUCUAGCAAUCAAGGAUGAAAAUCUAAGGGGGUGGAGUGCAAGCACUUAAUUCAACUCAACGAACAUUAAUGGAGCAGCCGUCCCACGCCUGUCCUGCCCUGAGCAUUGUAGAUUAGAUUAGAUUAGGGGUCUAUUCUUUCACACUUUAUACUUCUCAAGUCCAUCUCUUUUCAUCCCAUGAUGCAAUUUUCAUUCAACCACCUUCUUUGUUCAGUUUAAAGCCUAUGAGUUUGGGGACUGUCUAUAUGGCUCACCACUGGCCCAAGUGUCUCUUUCAAAUGAAGGUCAUCACAGGUAUCCCAUGUUACCAAUUAUGUGUUAGCAUCAGCAGGGUGCAUUUUGCACAUUUAUGACUUCAUAGUAAGGUAAAAUCUGUUCCCUCUGCUCUUACAUGUUGGAAUGUGUGUCUCUAUAGUUGGUGAAUGAAUGAAUAAACUUUAGGGAGUAGAAAUAUGGGGAAAACCUUGUAAGGAUUUCUGUUCUAGAGGAAGUGGUGCAGGUGGGGAAAGAAAACAAUAGAAAAUAGUGGUUAACUAAGUACCAAGCUGGGAUAAAAAUAAAAGUUACUCCAAGUUGAGGCUCCACUCUUCUUACUUAUGAUUACUCAAGCUAGUGUGUGUGUGUGUGUGUGUGUGUGUGUGUGUGCAUGCGUGCACAGUGAUUGCAGUAGUUAUCAUAUUUCCUGUCUAUGUGGAUGAAUCAUGCAUUUCUUUUCUUUUAUCUCUGAUCUACGUUUGCCAAAAUUUGACAACCAUUUAGGAGUGUCUCUGAUGAAUGCCUUCAAUCUGAAUAUCCAGAAAUUGUCUGAUUUGCAGUCUGCUUGGAAUCAACUGCUUUAUUGGAGGGGAGUGAGGAACUGGAUAAUUGAGAAAAAACAUUUUUAUUUAGUUAUGUGUUUUUUUAAAAAAAUCUAAUUUUUGCCCUCAUAAUUGUAAUAUGCUCAUGAAAAUAAUUUUAAUUUGUCUCCUUUACAAACACUAGCAGUUGAAAGGGAACAGAAUUGAAACUGUGAUAGAGAACCAACCACCUGGGUAGAUGUUUUCUUUUUUUUUUUCCUUAAAUGUUUUUAUUGUUAUGUUAACUGGGUAGAUGUUUUCAAACAUUAAUUUUCAUUUAGAGAAUUCUAUGAGGCACUUGUAACAAUGCAGAUUCUUGGGCCUGCCAGCAAACACCUCUCCCUUACUGAACUGCUUUAAUUGAAUAAUGUAAACAAGUUUCUAUAAUCAAUACCAACUUGAAAGUAAAUAAAUCGCAGUUUGCACAUAAAA